AUGCAUUUUGGUCUUGUAAAUCAAAAUGCAAAAAAAUUCGUUGGUUAUGUUGUAAAGGAUGGGACAAUUUUUAACGAGAAUAAUGAAAGAUGCAAACUUUCAACAUAUUCUUUUGAUAAUAAUGACAUUUUUGGUUGUGGAUUAGUUUAUCCUCCAACUAAAAAAUUAACCGAAGGAGAAUUUCCUUAUAUUUUCUUUACUCAAAAUGGAAAACAAAUUGGUAAAUAUAUUUAA